AUGGAGAAACAAACGAUAAAAAGAAGAGGUUAUUAUUCCGAAAUCGUAACAGGAACUAAGGAAAAUCCUGUCACACCGGAAGUAGUUCUUAUACCAAUUGCACCAAGAAGAGCAAAACUUGCAUGGCAAGUUGCCACAGAGCAACAUAGCGUCUGCAUUAGAAAAUUAGUGGAUGAAGAAUCAUAUAAUUUCCUUGGUGAAGCUAAAAGAUGGAUGAGUUUUCCCCUGGAUCGAUCAAUUGUGAGCAUCAAAAAAUAUUUGAAAAGAUUAAAUAUCAAAUAUUUGCGGAUACAGAUGUUUCCUGCGGAGACCUUCAUCCCCAAAGUACAAAUGGAACAAGAUGUGGCGCCGAAGCACUGUCCACGAAAUGUUGAGAUGGAAAGGAGACGAAGAUUGUACAAACAUAUAAAAAUUCAGGAUACUUUAGCGAGUAUUAACAUUAUACCAAAAGAAAUGUUGCCUCCAUCCGCCUUAGUAUCCCUGUUGUCCUACGACGAGAAAUACGGUUUGUUUAGUAUCGCACAUUUCCUGCCUUUAGAAAUUUUUGACGACGAAGAUUAUGAUUGCAGGUACGUGAAAUGCUGUAACAUAGAACAUUGUUUGAAUUAUUUAUUCAAUAAAACAAAAUUUUACCAAACAUAUAACUUAACAAUAGAAGAUUGGAUAGAUUUGGGUUUCAUUGAUGAAAAGCGUUAUCCGUUGCCAGCUAGCGUUUUCGUACCAAGAUAUCGAUACGAAGACGAAAUAUUCCAUCUCGAUGACGAAUUCUUAAACAAUCUCUUCAUUUGGACUAAAGCCGCUGUUUUUGAUUAUGAUUAUAAUAAAAAAUUAUGGAGUAUACUCACACUUGACGGUACAAAGCGGGAAUUCGAGAUACCGAGAAUUUAUAUCCGAUUCUUUGCCGAAGAUCCGAGAAUUAUCAAAGAAAAUUCUAAACUUUACGCAAAGAGAGUGGUGACGGCUGUCGAGCAAAGAAAAAUCGCUGAAGCUUCUUUGAUCGAUGAAAUUUCCUUGGACUAUCAACGUACAAUGUGUGAUCUCAUGUGGAGAAAAAUGAUACAAACGAAUCCAGAAAUGUUUAAAUUCAUCACAUGGAUACCUGAAGUUGAACCUAUGAAAGUACCGAGAAAAGGCAAAUUUGAUACGGGCAUGAAAAACUUUUUGAAAAUUAAAAAAUACACUCACUGGAUAACAUUAUAUGUUCACGAAGAAGUAUACAGUGCAAUGAAAUGUAUUGUAGCAGAAUGUAGCCAAGCUGCAUCUAUGAAUUUAUUCGCCACUUCAUACGGGAAACAAAUAAGGUUAAGAGAAUUCGAAGAUUUGCAAAUACAGGCUACCAUCACGGUUAUUAAAUAUUUGAAAGAACCAUGGUUAGAAAAAAUUACACAAUCAGUAAGAAUGUGUCUUCGAGAUCUUGGAAAAGGAUGGUUUAAUCUCGAACAAAAGGACCACAGCGUGUACGACAUAAUGAAAUUGAAACGUUUCAUGAAUCUCACUAAUCUUCGUAUGCAGUAUGCGCUAAGAGUUUUGGUGGAAGAGUCGAUCAAGUUCUAUAGAAAUAUUCUAGAAAUUCCAGCACUAUGUGUCUUACAUGUAGACGAAUCAUUUAUUUGGGGAGAUGAUCUUAUCAACACCCAGUUUAAUCCCGCUGGCAUGCCUAUUUUUCUCCUUGACCUUCAAAUGGAUGAACAAAAAGCAUUUUACUCGACAAAUCCUGAGAAAUUUCUCGAAAGUAUCAUUACUUUAUAUGAUAACGCACUUACCGCCUGUCAUCAAAUCAGACAAAUACAUCCUUUUCUACUUCCGAAGUUAAAAUUCCCUAUUCACCUAUAUCUAAGCUCCGUCGGUCUGCUCGAAAAUCAGGUAUGCAAUGUUCGUGAAUCGUUGAGAAAAGCAUAUAAGAAGUCUGUAAUACCUUUAAAAGCUUACGCAAAAGAAUUCAGUCGAUAUCAAUUAUUCUUCAAUCUCAACGUCGCCCAAUACAUUGAGGAAUACAAGGAAGAAGAACUUACUACGGCCGAGAUAAAAGAGGAAAUUUCAUUUCAUAUCACGAUGAGAAAGAAUCUCCAAGUUACUUUACCGAGUUUUAUUACCAUUGGUGCGUUUGUAGUGAACGUUCAUCCCUUGAAGGAGUUUCUUAUAAACAAACGCACAGAAUGUGCUAAAUCAUUGCUCAUUAUGCUCACGGAAAAAAUACGGAAGGAAAUCGAUGAUAUCCUGGACGAAUAUAGGCAGAUAAGAUACAAAUUGAAGGAAGUGCCACAAAGUAUCGAGCACAUAUUCGAAAUACGGGAUUGGAUGGAAACUAUACCGCUUCGAGUACAGGAUCUCGAAGAAAAGAUGGACAAAUUGAAAAUAGAUUACGAUAUUCUCGAUAGUUUUCUUUGGAAUAUAUCCGAUGAUGAUUUUCAAGCGAAAUGGGAAGUGAUUGGAUCGCCUUUUCAAAUUGAGAAAGAGAUUCAGGAGACGAAUGAACGAUUUGUAGAAGAGCAAGAAAAAUUCCAUAAGAUCCAAUUACAGGAUGAGAUCUUGUUGUUUGAAAAAAUAGACUUUUUGGUGAGCAAUGUGGCGAACAUUGCUCUUCAAACGGAUAUAUCCCGUAUCCACGAGAUAGCUCUAGAUGUGAAGCGGAUAUGGAAGAUUAUGCUCGAGAGUCGGGAAAAUGGUUUAUUGCUCAACGAACGACAAAAGUUAUUUGGCCUAAAAGUAGUGCCUUUCGAGCACCUAAAUAAGCUUAUAAAGGAAUUCGAACCUUACAAAAACUUAUGGAUCACUGCUUCCGAUUGGCUCAAAUGGUACGACAUAUGGAUGGAUAAUCCCUUAAUGAACGUUGAUGGCCUUCAAGUUGAAGGUCUUGUUACCGAUAUGUAUCGGCAAAUAUCACGAGCAAUAAGAACAUUCCAAGAAUUUCCAAAGGUGCAGGCAGUUGCGAUCAUGAUAAGGGAUCAGAUAGAUGAAUUCAAACCAUUUAUACCUCUGAUACAAGCCCUCCGUGAACCAGGAAUGAAGGAUCGCCAUUUUGAGCAAUUGAGCGCGCAAACUGGAAUAUUAAUGGCUCUUAAACCCGCCAUAACAUUUAAAAGCCUGUUAAUUCUCGGUAUUAAAGAGUUUGAGGAAUUGGUGAAAAUGGUCGCAGACACUGCGGCCAAAGAAUAUGCCACAGAACGAACAUUGAAUAAGAUGAUAGAAGAAUGGGAAAUGAUUAUUUUUGAGACUCUUCCAUACAAAACUACCGGAACGUAUAUAAUAAAGGUCUCAGAGGAAACGUUGAUGAUGCUAGAUCAUCAUAUUCUCAACGUGCAACAGCUUGCUUACAGUCCACUGAAGACUGCAUUCGAGGACGAGAUCAAUGAAUGGGAGAGGAAGUUAGUUUUGACACAAAAAGUCCUUUAUCUAUGGAUAGAAGUACAAAGAGAGUGGAUGUAUCUGGAACCAAUAUUUACUUCAGAAGAUAUUAAAGUUCAGUUACCUUUGGAAACAAGGAAAUACAACGCCAUGGAACGAAACUGGAGACGAAUCAUGAAGAGUGCUUUUGAAAAUCCUUAUAUUAUCAAAAUAUGCCCUGAUGAAAAUCUGCUUGAAAGCCUUCAAGAAUGUCUAAGUCUCUUGGAAGUAGUACAGAAAGGUUUAUCCAAUUAUCUGGAAAUAAAACGAAAGAUUUUCCCCCGAUUCUAUUUCCUCAGCGACGAGGAACUAUUGGAGAUUUUGUCCCACGCGAAGAUCGUACAAACGGUGCAGCCACAUCUAAGAAAGUGUUUCGAGAAUAUAUACAGAGUGAGAUUCGAAGAGGAUCUGCAAAUUACCCGAAUGUACUCUGCUGAAGGCGAAGAGGUGAUAUUUGAUCCACCCAUGUAUCCGGAGAGAAGCGUUGAGUUUUGGCUGGGUGAUCUCGAGAAGGUGAUGCGUAAUACUAUUAAGGAGAUCAUUCGCAAAGCGUUAAAAGUCAUACAUGAAACUCCAAGGAAAGUAUGGGUAUAUAUGUGGCCGGGUCAAGUGACACUUUGCUGCGGCCAAACUUAUUGGGCUGCACAAGUGGAGAACGCGAUCAAUAAGAAGAAACUUGAUGAUUAUUACCAAGUGCUAUUGGGAAAUUUGGACGAUUUACGCGAAUUGGUAAGAAAUCCUCAAACCGAAAUCCAGAGAUUAAUGCUGGAAGCAGUAAUAACGAUCGAAGUACACGCGCGAGAUGUUCUGUAUCAAUUAGUAAAGGACAAAGUGACUAAUAUAAACGAUUUCAAUUGGAUCUCACAGCUCCGCUAUUAUUGGGUAGAUGAUUCCGAUUUAAAGAUUCGUGCUGUAAAUGCGGAAUUCCAAUAUGGAUACGAGUAUUUAGGAAAUACUGGAAGGCUAGUCAUUACUCCUCUAACUGAUCGAUGUUACUUAACCUUAACUGGGGCAUUGCACUUGAAGUUCGGUGGUGCACCGGCUGGUCCUGCUGGGACAGGCAAAACGGAAACGACAAAAGAUCUUGCUAAAGCGUUUGCCAUACAAUGUGUAGUAUUCAAUUGUUCCGAUCAAUUAGAUUUCAUGUCAAUGGGAAAAUUCUUCAAAGGUCUUUCAAGCGCAGGUGCAUGGGCGUGUUUUGAUGAAUUUAAUAGGAUAGACAUCGAAGUAUUGUCCGUUAUUGCCCAACAAAUUAUGACAAUCCAGCAAGCGCAACAAAUGCGGGUUGAUAAAUUCAUGUUCGAAGGAGAAGAAAUUGUUUUGAAGCCAUCUUGUGCAGUUUUCAUUACUAUGAAUCCUGGUUAUGCGGGACGAACGGAAUUACCAGACAAUUUGAAAGCUUUAUUCCGUCCAGUCGCUAUGAUGGUGCCGGAUUAUUCAUUGAUCGCUGAAAUUUCAUUAUUUUCUUAUGGUUUCUCCGAUGCAAAACCUUUGGCGGGAAAAAUAACAACGACGUUCAAAUUGAGCUCGGAGCAAUUAAGUACGCAGGAUCAUUAUGACUUUGGAAUGCGAGCGGUGAAAACAGUCAUUGCUGUGGCGGGAAAUUUGAAAAGGGAACAUAAAGAUUUGAACGAACAACAGAUUUGUUUACGUGCUCUAAAAGAUGUAAACGUUCCAAAGUUUUUAAAAGACGAUCUUAUAUUAUUCAACGGUAUCGUAUCCGAUCUAUUUCCUCGUUUGGAGGAAAAACCAGUGGACUAUGGAAUUUUGGAAGCAGAAAUUCGCGCAACAAUUUUGAGAAUGGGUCUGGAAGAUGUUAAUGAAUUUGUGAAAAAAGUUAUUCAAUUAUAUGAAACAACAGUAGUAAGACACGGAUUAAUGCUCGUUGGUCCAACUGCGUCGGGAAAGACAAGGAAUAAUAAAGUACUUUCAUAG